AUGACAACUCAAUCCCCACUUAGUGAGUUUGAGGAGCUUGGGAUAGGAUCCAGCACCUGGCUGCCUGGGACACCACAAGUGUCCAGCUCUGAGGUAGGGCCACCCCCAGACAGAGGCUGGGCCCUGACAGCAGAAGAAGGGUUCAACCUACGUCCACACCCCCUGAUGUCACUAGAAGAACAGAUAUUAGAGCUGACCCGCCAGCUCCAAGACCUCCAGACCCAGCUGGCUACCCAAAGGCAGCCUGCCCCCCCCCCUGCUGCUGCUCCCGCUCCGACUCGCAAGCCACCCAAAGUAGCUACCCCCACUCCCUUCUCCAGGUCGCAAGAUGACCUGGACCGCUUCAAGGCAGAAUGCAGGCUCUACAUGAGCAUGCACCAUGCUGAGUUCCCAGAUGAAUACAGCCAAGUUCUGUUCAUCCUGUCGUACAUGAAGGGAGGUGCUGCUGGCCCAUGGGCUACCCAGCGCAUCAACUCCCUCCUUGCCCCCGGUGCCCCAAGGAUCGCUUUCGAUGACUUCACCCAAGAACUAGACUCCAUGUUUGCUGACCCCAACCAUCAGGCCACAGCUUGGCAGAAGCUGGCCUCACUCCGGCAAGGCAGCAAGUUGGUGGACAAACUGAUCCAGCAGUUUGAGCUCCACGGACCUGUGUCACGGAUGGGAGAUGUUGCCCUGUGUCAGAAUCCAUGUUCCAUGAUCCGUGAUCCAACACAGCCAGACAAACCUGGAUCAUUGAUUGUUGCGAGCAGGAAGACCAGCUUUCUUCUCUCAUUUCCCCUUGCUGCUCAGCUGGAGCCUGUGUCGCCUAGCACACCUCGCAGUUCUCCUAUUGAGACUGACCCAGACCUUCCUAGUCUUACCUCCACUUCCACUGGAUCCCUUGACCUUAGCUCCGAGCAGCUCGGUAUCCUGACACCCUGGUGGACCGUUUCGAGUAGGCCCUCCACCCACACCUCCGAGAGAGCAUCUACCACCUCCACCCGAUGCCUGCAACCUGGGCCGAAUGGAAGCAUGAGGCCUCCGUCCUUGACAACCAGUGGCAACGUUUCCAAGCCACCCAACCUCACACCAUGGUGGCAAAACCCUCCCCAUUCCUCUCUUGCCCCACCCCUUGUCAGGGACAUGUCUGGGGUAGAGGGGGUCCGGAUGUAUCACCCGGCAGAGAGGCCCUCACAGGGUGUGAACUGGGCAUGCGUACUAUCUGUUGGGGCCCUCCAAGAAGAAGGCUCCAGAACCCCAUCCCAGCUGGCCCCAGAGGACCUUCGAGCGAUCAUUGACUCGUUGAGAGGCCAUCACGCAGUGGAGGCCCCUCCCCCAGAACUGGAGAAGAUCCAAUAG